GGUGUCCUCAUCAGAGUUCCCCCUUACAUCAGGUGUCCCCAUCUGAGCCCACCUUACAUCCAGGUCCCCACCAGAGUCCCCCUUUACAUCAGGUGUUCCCAUCAGAGUGCCCCCUUACAUCAGUUGUCCCCAUCUGAGUCCCCCUUUACAUCAGGUGUCCCCAUCAGAGUGCCCCCUUACAUCGGUGUCCCCAUCAGAGUUCCCCCUUACAUCAGAUGUUCCCAUCUGAGCCCCCUUACAUCCAGAUCCCCAUCAGAGUCCCCCUUUACAUCAGGUGUCCCCAUCAGAGUGCCCCCUUACAUAAGAGUCCCCCUUUACAUCAGGUAUCCCCAUCAGAGUGGCCCAUUACAUCAUCUAUUCCCAUUAGAGUUCCCUCUUACAUCAGGUGUCCCCAUCAGAGUGCCCCCUACAUCAGAUGUCCCCAUCAGAGUGCUCCCU